GACUCAUACUUUGCUCAGACUGAGAUGAAACUGCCAGACUUUGAACAAGGUAGUGUUAGCCUCUUGGGGAUCCGAGAUGACCAUACAAAAUAGGAGCAGAUGGACCAGGAUCAGGGGAAGUUUUUUAUUUUCGACUGUGACGAUACAUCCAUUUUAGCGGACGAAUCUUGUGUAUACACAUCUUGAUUGAAGAACUGCUCACCUCUGGACGUUGGCUCUAAUCGCAACGACAGCGCCCAGCAGACCUGAUAAGCUAAGGGACAAAAUCAAUACCUGGGAAAUCAGAGCUCACCACCUGAACCAUGGAUGAGGAAAUUGAGAUAACCGAUGAGAAGGACUGGAGAGAACUUGAACCAAACUACCCUGUCAAAAUCUUUAUGACGAUCUUUUACAGUCUCAUCCUAGUGACAGGUAUUGUGGGUAAUUCAGUCACUAUCAGAGUGACACAGGUGCUGAAGCAAAAUGGUUACCUGCAGAAGAAUGUGACCAACCACAUGGUUAGUCUGGCCUGCUCUGAUUUGUUGGUGCUCCUCAUAGGCAUGCCUGUGGAGCUCUAUUUUGCCAUCUGGUUCCCAUUCAGCUCCGCAUCGGGCAACGCUUCCUGUAAGAUCUACAACUUCUUGUUCGAGGCAUGCAGCUACGCUACCAUUCUAAACGUAGCCACGCUUAGCUUUGAACGCUAUGUGGCUAUCUGUCACCCAUUUCGCUUCAAAGCCCUGGGCGGGAAACGUACAUCUGCCUUAAUCACCUUCGCUUGGCUGGUGUCAGUGGCGGUGGCCCUCCCAUUGCUGGUUGCCACAGGAACUCAGGGUCACAUUCCUGUCCGACAAGAUACGCCCGUCCAAAAUCUGACGUUCUGCACCAAUCUUAGGGAGCGCUGGGUGAUGUACAGAGUUAGUAUUUUUGGGGCGUUCAUCGUCUACAUGGUUGUUUUGAUCUGCGUGGCCUUCAUGUGCCGAGCCAUGAUCAUUGUCCUCCAGAAACCUAUGGGUUCAAUAGACGGAGAGCCCAAUGGAAUACAAAGAGCAUCCAAGCAUGAAAGUUCAAAGAUCAAGAUGGCGAGGAAGCAAACCAUCCUUUUUCUUGGUCUCAUCGUGGGUUCUUUGACCAUGUGCUGGCUUCCCAACCAGAUUCGUCGUCUCAUGAUGGCCGCCGUGCCCAAGUCCCGCUGGACUACUUCCUUCUUCAGGAGCUACGUCAUACUUCACCCCGUGGCUGACUCCUUCUUCUACCUCAGCUCUGUGCUGAACCCAUUCCUUUACAAUCUGUCCUCCAGGCAGUUCAGGGAGGUCUUUCUUCAGGUACUGCGGUGCCGCCUCACUAUCGAGCACGUGAACAAGCGCACCUUGAAGAACACCCAUGCUUCUGCGCGCUCACAGCGGCCCCUGUUGAAGUCCUUGCGUCGAAGCAGAGCAAACCACACCACGCGGGAACAAGAAAGGAACCCUCCCACUUUCACAAGCUUUCAGAAGGAUAGUGGCGUAGGAGAUACUCAUAUAUCAUAUACUGAGAUGACCGUCACUCUGACUGAACAGUCAGCUUCAGUUCUCCAAUUAAAGACAGAUGAACCAUCUGAGACUGAAAUAUAAUGUGCUGUAGCCUACGAUUUAUUGUAACACAAUGAACAAACAAACAUGGCGGAAACUCCAAUCCUGGUCACCAGGACACUUGUGCUGUGCCAGUAGAUAUAAAUAAAUACAACGUGUUAAAUCAUGAAUUUCAAUCACAGAUCGAGGUCAGCUGACUAUGCAGCAAUAAAAAAAACUUGCAUUUAACAUAAAACAGUACAUUUGGUAUGAAUUGGGUUAAAGUUAAAUGUUUGUGAUUGUUGCUUGUAACCUUUGCAUACAUAUUCAAAUUGAAAUCUGAUGUUGUGUUCAAAUUUCACAGAUGUUCAAAAUCUCAGGUAACAACAACAACACUCGUGAAAACACACUCACAAGCCUGGUGGUAUACAUGUUGCUUUCCUGUUGAUUGCAGAUGGUGGAGUGGCAAUUGUGUGACGAUGCAGGACUGGCCCCAAAAACACAGUUUACUUUACCCAUUCACUAACAUCCCAACAUUAGUCAUUAUAUUAUCAGAAUUAGAACCUUAAGUUCCAAUCAACUUAGUAUUUCUGUAUUUAAAUGCACGUAGUAAAUUCUUUCCUUAGAAAGUAUAAACCAAAAUAACUUCCUGAAGAAUAAAUUAAGGUACAUAAGGUUGAUAUGUAGGCUUGAAAUAGUAAAUAAAGUAAUCGUAGAAUCCUGCAUGUUGUUGUCUAUGUUAUAUGCACAACUAACAUUACCACAAGUCCUUCUAAUUAAUUGAAGUAAAUGUGUUUUCAGGCCAUGCCACUUCUGGGGUCAUGGCAGAAACAGAUGUUGCCAUUCUUCCACACAAUGACCAUUAUAUUAUUCACUUGUGAUCAUCUUGGAACCACAUGGUAUUCAGGUCUUUUAAAGCGUCUGCACCAUUCAAACUAAAUGAUGUUUCUCAGCUUGAUCCACGCUCUGACAGUUGAUGGCGAUUUAGAACACAAAACACAGAAAUGCAUCAAAAAAAGAUUGGGCCUGGAAACCAGCAAUUCUGAUUGGUUGUAGGUCUAUCCUAUGACAUCCAGAGGUUUGAUCUGCUACCAUUGAUAAUAUAUCUUGGAAAUAGAAAAUGAAAUGACUCAUUACUGAAUGUGAUAAGGUCUAGUGAUGUGACCAGGGUAGGGGUUAAAGAGGAAAGUAACACUUCCAACACAAGCGUUACACUUACUGUACAUGCUGCCUUUAACUUUAAGGUCAGUUCAAGAGAAAGAAAAGUCAUGUUUAAAAUCAUCUAACCAGCAAACAACAUAAUUUUCAUAUUUCAUACUUCAAAAGCAACAGAAUGUUACAAAAAGGUUAACAAAUUCAUAACUGUUGUGCCACCUCUAAGCAAACUUGUAAUUUUAAAAAUGAGAAGUGAUGCCAUAACAUGUUGUUAGUUUGAAAAAGAUUUCAGUAUUUCAGCAUGCCCGUGCAGCUCUAUGUACAGCUCUAUGUGUGAGCAGAACGCUAUAGUUGUUUUAGAACUAGCAACAGAACCUUGUAAUAGCUUUCACUGAUGUUACUGACUGUUACAGUAUGAAUUUGUCAUGAAAAUAUGCUGGCUCUGUGAGUGCUACAUAUUCACAGGCAUAUACAUCUUUAUCUAUCAAAUACAUUAUGUCAUGACUGCAGAUUCCUGCAAAUCGUGUAUUAAUAGCAUGACUGCACAUAGCAUACUAAGUUCAUUCAUCUGCUGCAAACUUGGUGAUUUUUAAUGGUUUUCAUAUAGAUAAAUCAUGGAGUUAUUUAAUCUGGAGAUCGAGUGGAGAAUGAGUGAUGAAGCUUAACUUACUUAUCUUUCCUGCAAUAGAUCUUAUUUGACCUUGCAGUGUAAAAAAGACAAAUGUGCAUAAGCCAACUGCUGUCUGAUAAAUACUGUACAAAGCUUCAACAUGCCUCAUAGAAUAUACAUUUGAAAGAGUACAUUUCAGCAUAAACAGUUCUGGUUCAUUUCUUC